AGUGAAAUCCGCCCCAAAGAAUUACAAAAUAAGAAAAAAGAAAAGAAAAGCAUCGUGAACUCAAAAGGCGGAUCAUUAAAAGUGACGUAACAUUUCGGUUUCAGGGCGACGAGAAACUUUCACAGGUAACGAAAGAAAAAAAAUAAAAAUCACUUUAGAAACGCAGCAGAAAACGACUUGAAAGAGAGAUAUAGAAACUAAAUUGCUUGGAUAUGCUGAAGUUUUCCUCGUUAGUGGCGUGUCAAGUGGAGUGUUUAAGAGGCCUCUUGAUGGUGGAGAGGCGAUCCCAGUGCUGACGAGGGAGAGCCAACGUGCUGAGUGGGCCAAGGCGGGUGUAAUUGGCCAUCUAAAGGAGUGUGUGUGGUGUUACCGGGGCAUUAGUGUUGCUGCUGAAGGAGGAGGAGGAGGAAGAAGAGCUAUGCAGUUUGUGGCCAAAUGGUACAAGUGGUGCCCCGAAAUUGAUACCGUGUAGUGCUGAGGUGCGUUGGCACGGGACAGCAGUGCAGCGGUGCUGUGAGAAAGUGAUAGUGAUAGUAGUUAUAGUGUGUCUGUGCGCCGAGCAACGUCCGGGAAGUACAGCUUUGUUUACAGUUUUGUGUUGCCUUACCGUAGUGAAGUGUUGAUUCGCCGCGGUACUGGUGCGGUGAGGGACUGAACUGAUAGAGAGAGAGAGAGAGAGAGAGAGAGAGGCGGAUGACUCGAUCACACCUCCAUGACCAGAUGACCAGAACUUUCCACCCCAAGUGACUUCCACCCUCUUGCUUCUCCCUCUUCCUUCUGUGUUCCCUCUCCCUCUCCUUCCUCCCUCCGAGCCAUGGAUGAGAAGACUCCUCUGCCCCGCAAUUCCACCACCACCGCACCCAAUAACCAACCAAAUGGGAAGUACGACUACUACUCCGACUACGUGUACGACCCCGUGCCCAGCUACCACGAGGCGUACAGAGACUACGACUACGCCAAGUCUCCUGUUAACCUCCACCUCCAGCCGACCACCCAGCACGACUACCUCCCCACUGAGGAAAACGACCACGACCUGCGCCUGGUGGGGGGAGGAGGCGUGGGGAGGGUGAGGAGGGAUGGCUUAGGCGGGCGAGGAAGUGCGGGGGGAAUGGUUGGAGGAGGGGGAAGGAUCGACAAUGGCCGAAGAAUGAACGAGGAAAUGAGAGAGCUUCCACAGCAAGAUGGAAGGGGAGGAGGAGGAGGAGGAGGAGGAGGAGGUAGUGGUGGUGGUGGUGGUGGUGGUGGAGUAGGAGGAGGAGGAGUAGGACGAGGAAGAGGAGAAAGCGGAGGGAAUGAAGAGGAGGAGAUUCUGGAAGGGCCCAAGAGGUGGUUUUCUCUGGUUAUUCUCUUGCUGGUGCUUCUAGUCGUCAUCUUCGUGGUCGUGGCCAUCGUCAUCCUAUACCUCAACUACUUGAGCUACGAUGCGACAGCAAUGUUGGAGGGUGACCAGCUGCAACAUGACCCGUGCAUGGGCGUGGUGUGUCCCAUGGGGGAGUGCCUCAGGGGCCAGUGCGUGUGCCCCAGCGGCUGCCGGAGUGACAUGCCCGUGUGUGGCACCGACGGGCUCACCUAUGCUUCACGGUGCCACUUGGAGCGCCACGUUUGUGCCUCCUCCAAUGCCAAUAUCACCCUGAGCCACACCGGACCCUGCUCGAUUCCCGUGGACCCGUGCGAGGGCGUGCAGUGCCGGGCGGGUGCUGAAUGCCGUGUUGGGGAGGAUGGACAGCACGGGUGUCGUUGCAUCUCCCACUGCCCUCAGAACGACUCCCGACGCACCGUGUGUGGGUCUGACGGCACUGACUAUAGCAGCGAGUGUGAGUUGGCCAGGACCUCAUGCCUCCUGCAGCAGCACGUGGAGGUCCGCUACAGUGGCAUGUGUGACCCUUGCGGCCACAUGGUGUGCUUGCGGGGCCAGGUGUGCCUCGUGGACCAGGAGAGAGUGCCGCGCUGCCUCUGUAACUCCACUUGCCCCACCACGUUGUCCCCCGUGUGUGCCAGCGACGGAACCACCUACAGUAAUGAAUGCAUGAUGAACUUCGAGGCGUGUCGGCAGAGAAACACACUCACUAUUCUGUACAGAGGCGAGUGUUCCUCAGGAGUCAACCCGUGUCGCGAGGUGGGGUGCCGAGCCGGGCAGGUCUGCAUGGUGAACCAAUACGGUGUGGCAACAUGUCAGUGCCCGCAUUCCUGUGCACCGGUGGUGACUCCUGUGUGUGGCACGGACAAGGUCACCUACGAGAGUCGCUGCCACCUGGAGAAGGAGGCGUGUGUCAUGCAGAAAUCCAUCACUGUGGCCUUUGUAGGAUCCUGUGCUUCCGGCGGUCCGUGUGAUGGGUACAGGUGUGAGUACGGCGGGGAGUGUGUGGAGCGGUACAGCCAGGCAGAGUGUGAGUGCCCGGAGUGUCGUGGCGAGUACCGUCCCGUAUGUGGGUCUGACCGGCGCACCUACCAUAGCCCCUGUCUCCUCGCCCGCCACGCCUGCCGCUCCAGGACCCACGUGGACCUCCUGCACCAAGGCCCAUGUGAUGCGUGCAAGGAUGUGGAGUGCGGGCAGGUUGGCGUUUGUAGGGUGGAUGCUGAAGGUGUUGGCCGCUGUUCCUGCCCCACCAAUUGCUCGCAGGCUUUGGGCGGAGAGGUGUGUGGCAGCAACGGGGAGACCUACGCCUCGGAGUGCCACCUGCAGAUCGCCGCCUGUACCAAUCAGCGCCAACUGACGGCAGUGCACAAGGGAAGCUGCGAUCUGUGCAAGGACGUGUAUUGCAAGUUUGGGGCGCGGUGUGAGGGCGGACGAUGUAUCUGCCCAACUGACUGCCCCGACAAGAAGGAACCAGUGUGUGGCUCUGACCGGAUCACCUACAGUAAUGAGUGUGUCAUGAGGAAAGUGGCGUGCGAGAAGAACGAAGAUCUGAAUUAUCUCUUCUUUGGAGAAUGUAAUGAGAUUGGUGGCAUCGUGACAGACGUUAUCUACCCGACGCCCCUGCCUCCCGCAAGUCCAGAGGACCCGUGCCACACCCACACCUGCAUCGCGGGGGCAGAGUGUCAGUCAGAUGGGGACGGACGGGCUCGUUGUGUAUGUGACAUCUACUGCUCUCCGCCGCCCCGCUACGAGCCUGUGUGCGGCAGUGACAUGGAGUUUUACGAGUCAGAGUGUCUCAUGCGGCUACACGCUUGCAACAUCCAAGUGCAGCUGUUUGUAAUGCCAGUCCACGAGUGUGCCACCUCACAACGAUCCAGGGCUUGCAACGGGACUUCGCCGCUGAGCAACCCAUCAACAGGCGAGGACCUUUUCUGCGGGGAGGGCGGCACCAUCUGCCCACCCGGGACCUAUUGCCACCGUGGCCACCACUUCGCCAAAUGCUGCAGAGACUACUCCGUCCGUGUGGCGGUGAUAGAGGCGCCAGAGCCGGACGACUGCCACCAGAGUGAAUGGGGUUGCUGUGACGACGGGAUGAAUUUCGCUUCGGGUCCAGAGCGAGAAGGAUGUCCCGAGUCCUGUCGUUGCCAUAGAUUAGGGUCAAUCCGGGAGCCGUGUGACGCAGUGACGGGCGUGUGCGAGUGUCGGCCUGGCGUGGGUGGCAAGAAUUGUGACCGCUGCCUGCCGGGGUAUUACGGCCUCAACAGAGUGAAGGAGGGCGCCAUCGGAUGCACGCCCUGCGGAUGCUCGCUGUUCGGGUCGCUGCGCACAGACUGUAUGCAGAUGACGGGCGAGUGUGUGUGCAAGUCAGGCGUGUCAGGUCACCAGUGCACCGUGUGUCCCAAAGGCCAGGUGCUGCGGCCCAUAGGAUGCGUCUAUGAGGACCUACGGGUGCCCGCCGCCACCACCUGUGACCUGCAGCAGUGUCAUUUCGGGGGAAAGUGUCAGGAGAAAGACGGCAUGGCGACCUGCACCUGCGCUAACCACUGCUUGCCGAGCGGCGCUGGCGGGACUCUGACGGUGUGUGGAUCUGACGGAGUGACUUACGCCUCUGAGUGUGAGGUUCGCUACCAGGCGUGUGUGCAGCAGGCGGACAUCGUAGUGGUGGCCUUUGGCUCUUGCGCCGAGUCGUGGACAGACGCUCCCGUGCGCCGCUCUACUGCCGAGGAUGGCUGGUCCACGGAUGACUGGGCGUGGCCUGGACGAGGCCUGACGGAGCACCACGGCCUGGCCACCCGCAGACACGUCGACACCUCCCACUCCACACGCGCCCACUCGGCCAGCGCCGCCCACUCCAUCAACUCCAUCAUUGACACGCCCGGCCAGGUGGUGACGCCCAAGACGGAAAUAGACUCAGAGGAGGACGGCAGGCAUCCCCCGCCGCCCCCGCCCUCCAAGCUACCCUAUGACAUCCCUGCAUUCUCUGGCAACUCUUACAUACAGAUGAUGACGUGGUCUGUACCGACAAAGGUCAAGCUGGAGGUGGAGUUUUCUGCACACGAGGCGGACGGCGUGUUGGUGUACGUGCAGCAAAACCUCGGAGGCAACGGUGACUUCCUCGCUCUUGUCCUCAACCGCGGGUAUUUAGAGGCUCGCAUUGACCUUGGGAAUGGCCGCAUAGUUCUCAAGUCACCCAAACCUGUGGAGCUGUUCACGCGAACCCUGGUCAGCGUCAGCACAUACGGCACGGACGCGCUCCUGCAGGUGGGUGGGGAGGCAGUGUCGGGAAGCUCCAAAGGUCUCCACCACAGCUUGGACAUCAACGCGCCGCUAUACGUGGGCGGUGUACCGAGCUCCACCUCACGGGUAGUGGAGAACCUCGGUGUGACCAGAGGCCUCUUCGGCUGCGUCCACAGGCUAAAACUGGGCCAGCACGACCUCGACCUGGUGUGGGGUCGCUCCGGCAGUGUCAGUCACGCCCACAACGUGAGUGAGUGCCGCCCAUCUCCCUGCGCCGCCCAUCCCUGUCUCAACGGAGGGUCAUGCCGCCCGCACGUCCUUGCCCCGGGCUUCACCUGCUCCUGUCUCAAAACACACACAGGUCACAGGUGUGAGGUGGAGGUGAGUGCAGGUUGCCGCCGCCUGCAGUGCCCUCCCGGGACCACCUGCCAGAGCGUCUCCACCACCACUACUCUACACUGCGUCCCCGACUCUGAGACGGAGGAGGCGUGGCCGGUGGUGGACCUCAAGGGGAGCGGGUACCUUGCUCUGCCACGUCUGGACAACGAGGUGACUGCGAUCCGCCUGGAGGUGUGGGUAUUGGCUCGCGCUCCUCACGGCAUGCUGCUCUACGCCGCCCAGGGCCCCGCUCGCCGAGGGGACUUUCUCAGCCUCAACUUGGCCGGGGGCUUCUUGCAGUUUCGCCUCCACGCCGGCUCCAGCAUGGUGAACCUCACUACGGCGGCGGCGUUACGGCUGGAGGCGUGGUACCGAGUCAAGGCCACGUGGGAGGGCGGGCGUGCCACUCUCCAGGUUAACGAGGAGCCCCCCGUCACCGCUUCCACACCUGGCCCUCCACAAGUUCUCCACCUCAACACUCCUGUCUACCUGGGCGGCUUUAAGCUAUGGUACCUCGUCAACCGUGAGUCUGGCAUCCUGGUGGGGCUGGACGGCGCUCUGCAGAGACUCCUAGUGAACGACGUUGUAUACCCGAGGCUGACGGAGGCGGCGACUGAACAGCGAGACGUGGGACUAUACGUGGGGCCGCCCUGCCAUCCUAACCCGUGCUUCAGCGGCGGCCUCUGUGUCCCUUCCCUUGGCAACUUCUCCUGCCGCUGCCCCGUCAUGUUCGCCGGGAAACUCUGCCAGAAAAGUCUGGUGGGUGUCAGUCUUGAUCAGCCCAUCCACUUCGACGGCUCCACAUCCGUCCUCUACCCUGGACAGCUGGCGCUCAAGUCUAACAAGAGCGGCCUGCACGUCCCUUGGAGCCACCCGGAUUACGACUACCUGGAGUAUGACGAGAUGGAGCAGCAGCUACUGGAGGAGGCGCACCAAAAAGUCGAUGGCGUUCAGGAAAGAGUUCACGGGCGGCCUCAUGGGGUCCUGGAGGUGAGCUUCAGGGCGGAGGACAGCACGGGGCUGCUGCUGUGGGCGGGGCGCGGGAGGAGUGGACGUGGGAAGGCGUGGGAGUAUCUGACACUGGCUCUCGUGGAUGGCUUUCCUCAGCUCGCCCUCAACCUUGGCCGCUCUAGGAAGCCCUUCAUCCUGACAGCCACGGGUGCAGUGGACGACGGUUCAUGGCAUGUGGUGAGAAUAACGAGGCGGUGGCGACGGGCGCUGCUCAAGGUGGACAACCACAGACCAGUGAGGGGCAAGGUACCCAGGGGCGCCUCCUCUCUGCACACGGACGGCAACCUGUGGCUAGGUGGGCUGAGGUGGGUGCCCCCGCAGCUCCCUCCAGGCUUCCACUGGGGCUUUCGUGGGUGUGUUGAUCGCCUGCUUGUGGACGGAAGAGAGGUCCAUCUAGUGCAUCACGCAGCCUCGCCAAGACUCCAGUUCUGCCAGUCCCUCACAUAACACUCCUCCUCCUC